GUCAUUUAACAGAAGUUUUUUCCAUCAGAAAAAGAAGCAUUUCAUCAAAAACAAAAGAGAUUGUUCAGAUUUCACAACUCUAAAUGAUGUUGGGAAAAAAGUUGGUGACUGCACAGAAGCGAGGGGAGACAAGAGCCCUGUGCCUGGGACUGGGAAUGGUCGCAUGUUCCAUGAUGAUGUACUUUUUUAUUGGGAUCACCAUUGUGCCAUUCUACACUCGAAGUGUUUGGACAGCAGAAACUGUGUGCAAGGUACUCAAAGCCAACAUCAAGGACAAAGUUCUCAGCCCAAACAGCGAAGGCUCAGAGGAUGAGGAUAUCUUUCCUUACCCAUGUCUACAGGUGUGGGUUAAUCUGACAGCCUCAGGACAAGAGGUUAUGCUGUAUCAAACUGAAGAUACACUGGAAAGAAAUUCUAAGUGCUCGUACGUCCCAGGCAAGUCGGAGAACUCUAAAGAAGUUAAAGCACGAAUAGAAACAAUUGCAAGCAAUUUCAAAAAAUACCAGACUUUCCCGUGCUACUAUGACCCAGGAGGAACACAGACCAAUGUCAUUUUAAGCAGACUUUAUCCCCCAAAAGGCCUCCUCUUUGCUUUCCUUUGGCCUACACUCAUGUUUACUGGUGGAUGUCUGAUUAUUGUUCUGGUAAAAAUUAGUCAGUAUGUUUCCGUUCUUUCUGCUUGGCAGUAAAAAAUAAAUAGUACAGACUGUUGCAACAUAUUCAAGUGCCUUUGUUCUGCCUG